AUGGAGGCAUUAUACAAGAAACUUCGUUCUGCAAGAAUUUCCACUUCUGGUCAAAGACCUCUCUACAAAGACGAGUCGUCAAACGAAGAUCUUUCCACAUCUUCUGAGGGGUUACUUGAAUCCAAGGACGAUGAAAGCGUAGAAUUUGAUGUUAGACCACGGAAACAUAAACGAAGGAGCUUCAUAUGGGCAGUCGUAGCUCACUCUUUUAUAUUUGCAACAUAUACUAUUGGGCUUUUUGCUGCACGCGAUUUCUUUAGUCAACGGCCAGGACCGCCUACACUAGUUUAUACACCGGCUGCAGAUGCUCUAAAAUAUGAGAAAGUAUUUUAUAACGGUACACUUUUCGCGGGUAGUCUUUACAAAGGAGAUCCUCGUCCAGAACUUGACCUAGCGUGGCAUAAUUUGGUCAAGAAUAAUAAUCUUCGAAUCAGUAAAGAGGAGCUUGAGAAGUUGGACAGGACUGCUCUGCCUCUCGCGGAUGGCUCUGGAUAUUAUGCUCAACUCAAUGUCUAUCAUCACUUGCAUUGUCUUAAAUUUAUGAGAGAGGCUUUUUAUGCCGAUUAUUAUCCUGAUGCUCAGGGACCGACAACAAAAAUGCAUGUCGAUCAUUGUAUUGAUGAUAUUCGUCAAGCACUUAUGUGCCAUGCUGAUACCUCCAUCACUACAUUUGAGUGGGAAGAGGGUAUUAGAAGACCUAUGCCGGAUUUUGCUGGUUGGCAUACAUGCAAUAAUUGGCAAGUCCUCGAUGAUUGGGCAACAUCACGUGCAUUCUCAAUGUUUGAUCAGAAAUCGCUGAUUAAUCCUACAUAUGGAAUUGCAUUCCCGUUGGUUGAUGGGCAGAUUGAUUAUACACCUCCAAGUGAGGAGGGUUUCCGUGCUGUUUGGCCGGGAGACAAAGAACAUAUUGUAUCUGGCUGA